AAUGAACCAAAAUCCAACUGAGGUUAUAUUUGAUACAUUCUCAUUAUUUAAUCCCAUAUCCAAAGUUAGAUAUAAAAAUCCCGUAUGAUUGUUUUAUAUAAUAGACUUUAACUAAAGGAUGUUUACAUAAAAAUGCUUGCUUUGAAAUGGAAGAUGCUCUAAACAAAAUUCAAAAUAACGGAUUAUAUUAAUGUCCACAUUGUAACAAAGUCGCAAUGAGUUUGAAUGAUUUAGUUGAAGAUUGGAGAGCUAAAGCUUAUAAAGAAUUUAAUGAAUAUGUUGAGGAAGUGACAUUGAUCAAAGGAAAUUUGGUUAUUAAAUACAUAAGAAAUAAAACAAGAUAUAUGUCAUUUUUUACUUAAAAUGAAUAUAUGAAUUAAAUACAACAAAUAUUCGACAGAGCUACUAAGGAUACCUCAAUUUCUUCAAUGAUCAAAAGAGACUUAGAAUAAUAGAGUUAAAACAAAUAACAAAAAAUUAAUUUUUGGAGUUUUUGCUUGUAAGACAGAGUGAAAAUAACUAUCCCUGUGAGAAUAUUGAGAUGCAAUCAUUACGAAUGUUAUGAAUUAACUAGCUUGCUAUUCUAUUAGUAAUAGAAUAGGAAAAAAAAAGAAUUCUUAGAAUGCAAUCAGCCAGGGUGUUCAAAUCGAUUGAAAAUUGCUCACAAAGACUACACUAAAGAAUCUGAUACUACAAGCAAUCAGGAAAUAGAGGAUUAAGAGAAAUUAUUAGACAUUUAAUUAUUAUUUUCUGGCAUUUGUGUAGAUUAGGAUUUAUUAAAUGCUAUAAAAAUAAGUAAUCCCAGCUCAUAUAAAUUUUACUAUAAUCAGUAAACUGAAAAAAUUGAAGAAGAUUUAAAUAUAGUAAAUAAUUAGCCAGUUGAUCCCUUCAUUUGUAAAUUUUAUGAAAAGCAUCCAGAUUUGUAAGAAAAAAUAUCAUAUUAAGAAUUCAAAAAAUCAAUAUCAUAAUUAGCAAUAUCAGUAAGUCAAGGAGAUCUCCUGUAAGAAGAUUAGAAAUUAAGCAAAUAAGUUGCUUUGUAUAAAUACAGAAAUUAUGAAGUUGAUAUGAAAGACAAAUUCACUUAACUUAUAAUUGAAUAUCCGAUAAGAUGUAAACUUUGUACAAAUCUAGAGAUUUGCAUGGAUAUGAGAAGUUAUAUAGCAGAAUAUAUUUACAGAAAAAAAAUUUCUCCAGCAAAACCUUUCUGCUGUCCAUUAUGUAAUUAAAAAUUAAGUGAGUAAAUUCUAAAGAUGAAUAUUGUCAAUUACAUAUAUUUAGAUUCAAACAUGCUUUCAUACAUGUUUAAGGACACGUCUUAUACUAAUGGAACAAAGAUUUUUCAAUAUUAAGGAGAAUAAUAUAUGUUUUAAGAAUUUAUGGAUAGAUAAAAGAUCAAACGAGAGAAUUAUGUUGCAGAGUUACGGGAAAGAAAGGUUUUAUUUAAACAACUUUUUUGUAUAAUUAAUCCAAAUUAGAGAAUUAAAUAGCCUUUAAUUCUCUAAAAAUGUCCAGAUAAAAAAAUGGCUGAUUUUGCAUCAUUUUAUGAAGAAUUAAAGAGAAUAAAUUUUGAUUACGAAAAUUAAAAUCUAAUAUUAUGUAGAUGUAACUAUUGUAAUUCAAAUCCGAUAAAAACUUUUGUAGGAAACAUCUAUUUUCACGAAGCCUUUUAUGAAGCUCUAAAUAAAUUUUAUAAAAUUAAGGAAAUGGAAAAUGAUAAUGAAUUCUCCUAUUAGUUUGAGGAUACAGAAUAAAUGAGUUAAGUUAUCAAAAAUCGAAUACCUACAGCUAAUUCUAAAAUUAAACUUGUAUAAAAUAAUGUUGGAGCAAGAGAUGCUUCCAAUUUACAAAAUGUGUCAGGAGAAGAGGGAUUUUUAGAUUUAAUGGAUGAUGAUGAAUAUUAAUAGAUCUUUCGUAAAACAGAGAUUUAAGGUUACAAAUAUCAUACUUAAAGUUUGAAAUAGAAUAUAGGUGGAAUAGAUAUCGACUACUCAUAGCAAGGUAUUAAGGCGAAUGUUAAGGAGGCAGUUGACAAAAUGAAUCAGAAUGCUAGUCAAGAAUUAAAGAAAUAUUCUUUUAGUGUUACAGGUAUGACAGUUGAAUUAAAUCGGGAAGUGUUUAGAUAAAACUAAGGAACUUUUACAUAUAAAUAACAAUGAAC